UGUCAGCCGCUGCUAGCCAGUGAAAGUUUCGUCGUUUGACUAUAAAAUUAUUAUCGGUCGGUGCUUCCCUGCUAUUAAUUCCUAGAACAUCGGGAUCGUUUUCGGAAAGUCUAUGGACAUUAUCGAAGACGUUUCCAGUUGAAAGUAUCAGUCCGUAUGGGGGAAAGGAAUAGAAUGCAGGAGACCAAUGAGCAAGAGUGACUGACGGUCAAUUAUUGACCAACGUAAAAUCCACCGAUGCUUCGUAUAUAAGUUGUUGUCUCGUUCAACAGCUUCAGUCGUUCUUGACUCUUCGUCCACGGCGAUUAUCGAUUCGAAGCAGCGGUAACGGCGAGCAAGAUUAAGUUGGUGGAUUCGUGUAUCUUCUUCACUAAGUGCGAGAAACAUGCGAUCUCUUAAGUGUUUUGUGCCGGUGCUGGUACUCUUAUACCUAAGCAGCUCGUCCGCGAGACCUGGUGUGCUGCUAGAUACAUUGAAGAGGCACAAAGACACGCUGUUAGAUCCAUUGGGUCUGUUUCACAAGGAUCCUAAAUCUUCGAGCCAUUCGUUGGGCAGUACUCACCACCUGGACUUAGGACCACUUUCAAUUUCGCGCACUGUAGCCAUCUCUUCGGCAACGGCCCAAGGCAAUGGUGUUGCUAACUCCGCUGCCAACGCGAAUUCUCAGGCCCUCGGGGGAGCCUCUGCGAAGGCCGACGCCAGUGCAACUGCUAACGCUCAAGGUUACAUCGGUUCUCCAGAUUAUAAUUCUAACAUCGCUGGCAACGACUACGUUCCAACAGAAUAUCAAGAAUACGGUAGUUCCGGUUUUCAACCGAUUACGAACGCGAAUCACGGCAGUAAUUCUGGCGCGAACGCCGUUGCGAGCGCCGGUGCAAAUGCUAAUGCGAACUUUAAUACAAACGGAGGUGUAAACUCGAACGCGAACGCCAACGCGAAUUCGAAUGCCAAUGCCGUCUCUAAUAGCGAUGCAUCAGCGACCAGCUAUUAUUCCCCUCAAUACGCUCCAAUCGAUACGGCUGCCAACACGAAUGCGAAUGCUAAAAGUACUUGGAAUAACGGCCGGGGAGCACUCAGUGGAUAUUACACCCCUGGAAGUUUUCAAACUAAUGCAGGCGCGAUUGCGAGUGCAGAUGCAAAGGCAAAUUCUAUUAGCGGAACAAGACCUCCUGGCGGUUACUAUUCUCCUGGAGGUGUUCAGAGCAAUGCUGGUGCAAUUGCAGAUGCAAAUGCGAAAUCAAAUUAUAUCGACGGUACAGGAUCAUCGAGGGUUUACUAUUCUCCAGAAACCACCCAGAACAAUGCAGGUGCAAAUGCCAAUACGAAAUCGAACCGAGGCAGAGAAUCACCGGUUGGUUACUAUCCUGCAGGAAAUGUUCAAAGCAACGUGGCCGCUGGUAGUGAAGCUCUCGUCAUUCCUCAAAGACAACCUCCUGAAACAUUAAUCGGUUCUCCAUACCGUUUCGAGGGAUAUAAUCGAGGGAUUCACGUACUUCCUCCAGUCUAUGCGCCUCCUGCAUAUCCUCCUCCGAUGUAUCAUCGUCAUCACCAUCAUCAUCACCAGCGUCCCCAAGUGAUCGUCCAUCCGAUGCCUCCAGUUCGGCAGCCUCCACAGAUUUCUCAUCAUCCUCCCAACAAUGGGGAGACGUUGAUUCCAGUGGUAGUUAUGGAGGAACCGGUAUACGGUAGACCGAUGUAUUCGCGACCUGGUUCCGAUCCUGAUCCAGAACCUGAAACCGUCGUGAUCGUACUCGAGGAUUCGCCACAACAUGGCCAAGCAGGUGGAUUUGGAAAGAGUAACUACAUCCAACCAACCGGCUUCCAACCCGACUAUCCGACGGGCUAUGGAGGAUCCAACGCCAACGCAAACGCUAAUGCCGUUGCAAACGCUAAUGCCGUUGCAAACGCAAAUGCUAAUGGUUUUGCAAACGCAAACGCUAAUGCAAAAGCGAUCGCCAGUGCUGGUACUGGCCUCAACGGUGGUUACCCUGUUCAAGGAUCGGGAUACUAUCCAGGAAGUGCUCCAGCCACUUCUAUCGGGGCGAACAAUCCUUUCUUAAGUGGAUCUUCUCAAGGAAACGCCAACGCAGCGGCUAAUGCUAAUGCAGGCGCCGUUGCCAAUGGAAACGCAUAUCCGGUAGCAUCAGCGCCAGCUCAGGGUGGAAACUAUUAUCCAAACAAUGCACAAAAACCCAUUGGAGCGUACAAUCCAUUCCUGACAGGUGGUCAAGGUCAAGGGCUUGCAAAUGCAGGCGCCAAUGCUAACGCAAAUGCCGGAGCAAACGCCGGUGCAAACGCUGCAGCAAAUGCUGGCACAGUCGGAGGGUCUCAAGGACAAUUCGGUGCACAAAAUCCAUUCCUUAACUCUGGAGUUAAGGAAGCUGGAGGUCCCCAUGAACUUGGACAUUAUGUAUCUGUAGCAGGCCCAGCAGGUGGUAACAGUGGAGCAACAACUGGAAAUAUACAGGGAAUUAAAGGUGCACCAUAUCCUAGUCAGGGCAGUGCACCAGGAGGCUACGGACCGACUGCAGGGUCAGGAGCGAAUGCUGGGGCCCUUGCUAAUGCCAAUGCUGGCGCAAACGCAGCUGGAAUUGGUGGAGCAUACGGUCAACCGAUUAAAGAGGCUCCUAUAGUCAUCCCUGCCAGUCCACAAAUAAAUUAUGAAACUGUACCAAGUGGAUCAGGCAGUGCAUUUGGAAAUUCUGGAUCAGGCAGUGGUAACUACGGUAUUCCUACGAAGGAUGCUCCUAUCUAUGGACCCUCUGCACCAACUUACGGUCCUGGAUCCAGUGGAGUAAGCAAAGCUGGUGCUGGAGCUAAUGCUGGUGCUGGAGCUAAUGCUGGUGCUGGUGCAUCAGGCAAUGGAAAUGGUGGUUAUGGUAUUCCAAACCAAGGUGCCCCUAUUUAUGGAACGCCUGGAUCUUCCUUUGGUAACGGCGCUGCUGGAAACGCCGGAGCAAAUGCUGGAGCGAAUGCAGGAGCCCUUGGAUCUGGAAGUGGAAUCGGUGGUUAUGGUGCUCCAAGCAAAGGUGCCCCUAUUUAUGGAACGCCUGGAUCUUCCUUUGGUAAUGGUGCUGCUGGAAACGCUGGAGCAAAUGCUGGAGCGAAUGCAGGAGCCCUUGGAUCUGGAAGUGGAAUCGGUGGUUAUGGUGCUCCAAGCAAAGGUGCCCCUAUUUAUGAAACUCCUGGAUCUGCCUUUGGUAACGGUGCUGCUGGAAACGCCGGAGCAAAUGCUGGAGCGAAUGCAGGAGCCCUUGGAUCUGGAAGUGGAAUCGGUGGUUAUGGUGCUCCAAGCAAAAGUGCCCCUAUUUAUGAAACGCCUGGAUCUGCCUUUGGUAACGGUGCUGCUGGAAACGCCGGAGCAAAUGCUGGAGCGAAUGCAGGAGCAAAUGCUGGAGCAAAUGCUGGAGCAAACGCAGGGGCACUUGGAUCAGGAAGUGGAAUCGGUGGUUCCGGUGCUCCAAGCAAAGGUGCUCCUAUCUAUGGAACGUCUGGACCCGGCUUUGGUAAUGGCGCUGCUGGAACCGCUGGUGCAAAUGCUGGAGCAAGUGCUAAAGCUGACGCUAUAGCAAAUGCUGGAAGUACUGGAUCAAGUGGACUCGGUGGCUUUGGAAGCCCAACCAAAGGCGCUGGAAGUGGAUUUGGUGGAUCUGGAGCCGGUGGAUUUGGAGGAGCUAGUGCCAGUGCAAAGGCUGAGGCUUCCGCCACUGCUGGAGGUGCUGCUGGUGGCUAUGGCGAUUCAGGGGCACACGGUGGCUCAAACGCUGUUUCCAGCGCGAACUCGAACUCGUUCGCCAAUGGAGGUUCCGCCAACAGCAGCUCGUCCGCCAAGUCGACCGCUUUUGGAAGCGGAAAUGGAGGAGCUAGCGCAAAUGCACAGGCAUCGAGCAAAGCUUCGUCGGGAUCCGGCGGCAGUUCCGCCUCUAGCUCCGCUUCCGCCAACGUAGACACGAGCAGCAUGCUCAUCUUCAGCAACUAAUCGUCCAAACGUCCGAAUCAACUCGUUAAUUAAAUGGUACUGCUUGCUCAAGCUAUUUAGCCAUGAAGAAAUUGGAUGCCAUGACCCGUGUCAUCACUCUGAAGGUUUUAGGAUACUCUUCUGAUUCGUGAACAUGCGAUUAAUAAUAGCUUGUAGGACCUGAAACACGCCAAUAAGUCGAGAGUUAAAGAUACAACGACCAACGACGAUAUUCGACGCGUCGAACGUCGAUACAUCGCGAUUAAAAUCGCAAGAUCGUACUAUUGUAAGCGAGAUUGAACAGAAAUUGUAAUUAUUUUGCAUUUUGUUCGUGGUGUGUUAUGCAACGAGUUUUAUUGCGUUUCGAUUUUACCGGUAAAUCGGGACGAAUAGAGUUCCAUCGGUGUUCGUCGAGUUGAACGUUUAAAAACCAAAUUUAUUGUCAUUUGUGAUACCGUUCUUGCCAAUACACGAAGCAUACAGAGCGUACUCUGUUUCAUCGAACUCUCGAUAUCCUUUCCGUUAACGAUAAUAUCGGAUAUUACGCUUGUAUUCAUUGAUUUGAUCAUCCUAUCGAACUGUAAUAUCACCUGGUUUACAAACUUUUCAGAGUGUCUUCCUCCUAUCCUUUUUUAAUCUUCUCAUAUAUGUGGAUAAUACUCUAAUUGUAUUCUAUUUAUCAAUAUACGAUUAGCUUCCUUUUAACGUUAUAAUAGGUAUCUAAAGCAGAUAGAACGUUAUCUCUGCGAAAAUAUAUGUCAUUAAAUAUACUAUACGUUGGUGUUAUUUUUGUAUCGUGAGAAACUAUUUUAAUUGUAAGUCGUGGUUGCCUGUAAGCACAGCUAGCGUUUUGUCUGUCUGUAUUUGUACGUAUGCGAUAUUGACACGAAUAUCAAAUUUACGUUGUAGCGUUCUAAACAUGACUAUUAAUAAUAAAAGAAAAUUUUUAUAUUAA